CGGACGACGACCGCAUGUCGCUGACGACGGCCGUGAGCGACGAGGACGACGCGGAGAGCGUGCACAACUCGCCGUACCGCGCCAAGCAGACGGGCACCGCCGCCGCCUCCUUCAACUGCACCGGCGCCGUGCGCAAGGCGGGGUUCCUGAGCGUGAAGAAGUGGCUGCUGCGGAAGAAGCACCAGAUCGAGCUGGCGCGCAAGCGCGGCUGGAAGGGCUACUGGGUGUGCCUGAAGGGCACCACGCUGCUCUUCUACCCGUGCGACUCGCGGGAGGGCCGCAGCGUCGAGGCGGCGCCCAAGCACCUCAUCAUCGUCGACGGCGCCAUCAUGCAGCCCAUCCCGGAGCACCCCAAGCGCGACCACGUCUUCUGCCUCAGCACCGCCUUCGGCGACGCCUACCUCUUCCAGGCGCCGUGCCAGGUGGAGCUGGAGAACUGGGUGAACAGCAUUCACUCUGCGUGCGCCGCCGCCUUCGCCCGGCACCGCGGCAAGACGGGCACGCUGCACCUGCUGCAGGAAGAGAUCUUCCGCCUUGAGAAGGCCAUCGAGUCGGACCACAAGCUGAAACACAUGGCGGACCUGCAGCAGAGCGUGGUGUCGGACCCAGAGACGAAGCAGCAGAUCAACAACCAGAUCGUGCAGUGGGAGGAGAACCUAGAGCGACUCCACUGCGAACAGUUCCGGCUACGCUGCUACAUGGCCAGCCUGCAGAGCGGCGAGCUGCCCAACCCCAAGAGCCUGCUGACGCACGUGUCGCGCGCGACGAAGAACACGCUGAACAAGCUGGGCGUGUUCACGGUGUCGUCGUUCCACGCGUUCAUCUGCGCGCGCAGCCCGUCGCUGCUGAACAACCUGCUGGCGGGCCGCGGAGCCACCAAGCGCCGGCCGCCCAUGCUGUCGCGCUCCAACUCUGGCUCCUCGCGCCGCUCGCUGCAGCUCUCGUCUCGCGACGACCAGGACAAGAGCGUCAAGGUCGCGCUGCCCGACAACCAGACUGCUCAUAUCUACCUGAGGGAUGCAAUGUCUGUCGAGGAAUUUCUGGCAAGCGCGUGCGGUCGGAAGAAUUUAAACCCGAUGGAACAUUUUGUACGGGUCAAGAAAAGACGAGACAUGGAAGACCACAAUUAUUUCGUUCCUCAUCGGACGGAUCUUAUAGAGACAUAUCUCCACACACACGAGAUAGUGGAGGUUUGUGCAAAGAUACUGUAUCAGGUAGAGCUUCAGCGUACCACUCUCGAACAGAUGUGGGGAUUCUCAGUGGAAGCAGAACUGAUCGAGAACGCCGAUCGCCAAGACGAACUGUGCUGUUAUGUGAGCAGAGUGGAGGACAAGAGUGUUGCUAUGCAGAAUGGAAUAAUCAAGGGCGACGAGAUCAUGGUAAUAAAUGGUGCUAUAGUGAGCGACUUGGACAUGAUGUAUCUCGAGAGUGUUCUCCAAGAAGAACUCGCCCUGUGCAUGAUGAUGAGGUCAUCACGGACAGAGCCGCCAGAUCUUGUGGGUAUUAUGCGUGCGACGGACGACAUCAUCGAGAGCCUCGUCUGCCCACCUCCCCCUUCAGAUCCCCCUAUCAUCAGCGAAGAGAUGAUAUCAGGGCUCAUUGUUCCUGCACCCGGGUGGAGCAAGGAGCUUUACUCUCCCGAGGCGGAGAGCUCUCCUGCUCCUUCUAGUGAAGCUGGCGGAAAAACUACUUCCCGGACGAACUCAUUCGAAAUAGAAAAUCUACUGAAGACUGCAGAGCAAGUGACAGGCUUCUGCCGAUCUCCUGUAGAAACUCGUAAGUCUAGUCCUACAGGUAGUGUCACAAGCAGCCAGUCACAAGCUCUGCUUACACCUAGCCGCCAACUUACUGAUGCUGAAAAACUUCGCAAAGUUAUUCUCGAACUUAUUGAUACUGAACGCACUUAUGUUAAGCACCUGAAUAAUCUAUUGGAGAAUUAUUUAGAACCACUGAAGAAAGAAACAUUUUUAUCAAAUGCAGAAAUUAAUGCACUUUUUGGAAACAUCCAAGAGAUUGUAGCAUUCCAAAGACAAUUUCUUCAGAACCUGGAUGAAGCUCUAGAAAUGGAACCUGAUUUCAACAAGUUUGAGCAUCCUAGCCAAUUCAAAAAUGUUCUUUUCUCUAUUGGAAAUGCAUUCCUAUUAUACGUAAACCACUUCAAGCUCUACAGCUCCUUCUGUGCAAGUCAUUCAAAGGCACAAAAAGUACUACACCCUAAUGAGGGUAACCAAGCACUGCAAGAGUUCCUAGCUGCACGUAAUCCAAGACAGCAGCAUUCUUCCACUCUGGAAUCAUAUCUCAUCAAACCAAUCCAACGAAUUCUUAAAUAUCCACUUCUACUGCAGCAGCUGCGAAACUUAACAGAUCCUUCUUCAGAUGAGCAUCAGCAUCUUGUUGAGGCCCUUAAGGGCAUGGAGAAGGUAGCUGAACAUAUAAAUGAAAUGCAAAGGAUACAUGAAGAGUAUGGAGCAAUAUUUGAUCACUUGUUUAGGCAACAUCAGAAAUCAUGUAAACAGCCAAUUGAUCUCUCACCUGGCGAUCUUCUUUAUUAUGGAGGUGUUGAAUGGUUGAACAUAUCUGACUUCCUAGGAAAGAUAAAGAAAGGCCUUGAACUCCAUGCAAUGUGCUUUGUAUUCAAGUCAGCAGUUGUGUUCCUCUGUAAGGAACGAUUGCGACAGAAGAAGAAGCUAAUGGGAGUGUCGAGCAAAGGCAGUUCCAGUGAAGUAGAAAUAAUUCGAUACCAAGUUCUUAUUCCUGUAACUGAAGUACAAGUUCGUGCAAGUUCAGCAAAGGACAUGGAUUCACAUUUCCUCUGGGAACUUAUACAUCUUAGGUCACAACUACAAAGGCGAUCAGAAAAAGUUUACGUUCUUUCUAACAGCACGGCAGACUUCAGAAAUGCGUUCCUGAAAACUAUUCGCCAAAUAAUUCGUGAGAGUGUUCGUAAUAUGAGCAUCCCUGCAACGAAGCCAGGAUCAGGAUCUGGGGCUCUAGUGUCAUCUGCUUCAACAUCAGCAACACCCAGCAGUGGUACAGCCACUAAGGUUCCAGCAGGUAGUGCUGCUUCUAACAGUAUGAGUGGAACUGGAGGCAGUGGGUCUUCUGGUGGAGACAGUCAUCAACAGCAGCAACAUCAGCAGCAACAGCAACAUCAUCAACAGCAGCAGCAGCAACAACAACAGCAGCAGCAGCAACAACAGCAACAGCAGCAGCAGCAACAGCAACAGGCAACAUCUAGCAAGGGUGUAGUAAUUCUGCAGGGAUCACACACUUUGGGAAAGCCAAAGAAACCACCAAAGGGCCUUCAGCGACACUCGGCUGGCAACAUUGACUAUGACAAUCUUGAUCGAACUGGUGAAAGUGGUUCCCAAGAAACUCCUAGCAGUUUCCGAGCACGUAGCAAGACUGUUAGUGAUGGUGCUGAUGAAAGUCAUGAAAAAGGUAGUGGCAAACAGCAUGAUUUGGAUCCAGGAACAAAGUCUGAGGGAGAAGAGGAUUCAAGCCUAGUUGCAACAGCAAAAGGGAAGUCGACUCUAGGGAGAACACCAAAUCACCUUACUCUGAGUUCUACGUCAACCCUCUCAGCGGGAAGCACUGGAAGCCAAGCAAGACUGAUCCAAUCAUCCCAUCAGCCUGAGAACUACCAGCCACCAACAGUUAAAGAUUUAGGAUCACCCGUGUGGAAACCAAGAGACAUGGUAGGCCUAGGUGAAGCAACCACACUUCCUCGAAAGGGUAAAUCCUCCUCUACCUCUUCCUGUUCAGAUAAUACAGCUAGGGACAGAGAACGUUGCUUAGUGUUUGAUUACCCAACUCCAACUCGCAAAGCAGAAGGCCAAAGCAGCACACAUGAAAAUGCAUCAUCAACAUCCUCAACCAGUGCACAGCAGCCAUGAAGAAAGUCGAGCGCUCGCAUAGGUAAAUUGCAGUAUUAACAUCAGUCAAAUGGCUCAGCAUAUCUUAAUAAUUUGCAUGCACUUCCAGUGAAUCAUUCAGCAUAGACAGAGGACAUGAGGCUGUUCAAACAUUAAUCACUUGUUGAUUCUGUUAGAUAAUGUUGAAUUAUUCUGAUCCAAAGAUACAGGGAGCAGGAUACCAUUGCUGAAAUCAUACAAAAUUUAAAUAUAAAUCUUUGAAUAGUUCAGUAAUGAAGGUUGUUAUGAAAGAAGCUGAAUGAUUCAUUAAAAAUAAUGUGACCAUCAGCUUUAAUAGACUUUUUUGUCUCUGGGAGCGUUUGGCAUGUUAGAUAAACUACGGAAGUGCAAAACCAUCAUGUCUUGGAGCAAAAUUAUUAAGAUUGUAAACCAUAAAAUAUCUGCUAAGAUAAGUAAUGCUAGAGCAUUACAGCCAUUGCGAGCGCACUGAAAAAUAUACUAUUUUCAAACCACACUUGGCCUAUCAGGUAACGCACAUAAAAAAAGGUUUGAUUGUAACUGCUCAAAUGUGUAAAACUAAUUCUUUAUCUAGAACAUUCCACUGGGAAGCUCUGUUUCGAUGAUUUAUUGCAUUGUUGAUUUGUAGCAGCUGCUACUUACUGAUAAGUGAAUUAUUGGUUCACCAAC